AUAAAGGAAAGGACUAGCCUACCUGUGUCGUGCAUGGACCAACCUCUGAAUUCACCGUGUUGCGUGGCGCUGAAUCGGAAUAUCAGCAGUCUUACCUGACAAACUCCCGUUACUUUAAGUCGAGGAAUAGAACGUAACCUUGAAGUACGGGGACACCUGAACAAGAUAACUCACCUGUAGCGACGUCACUGCUGUUCUUGUGGAGUGUGUGGGCUUGGGGAGAAAAAGAACGGACACGCACAGAGAAGAAAAACGGGAUAGAAGACUGAAACUGCGGAGCUACAAAGUUUGUUGUAGAGGUGGAGAACAGAAAGGAGGGAGGACUGCGGGAAGAAAGAGAAGGGAACGAGCCUUCCCGUUUUUUUUUUCUUUCACGAGGGGAAGGUAUAUUUUUGAGGUACUUUUUUCACCAGUUUACCUGGAGCGUAUUGAUUCUACACAAACUUGACCGAAGAGGACAGUUUAACCGUAAAAAAACGACCAUGCCGCGAGCCUUCCUGGUAAAGAAGGCGAGAUACUCGCCCUAUAAGCGGAACUGGAGCGAGUUGCCAGACGACGAGCGCGGGGACGUAUAUAUACCAGUGUCUGUCUUCCCCGUGCCCUUAUUGGAGGAAACUGAAGCCAGUCCAGCAGAGACCGCCCCCUGUCUCGCCACGACGACGCACUACGAAUACACCAAAUACACACAGUCGCACUCGGUGCGCAGCGUGAUGACCCCUACAGCGGAGAUGCCCUCGUGCACGGUGCUGGGUCAACCCCAGAGCCCUGGUCGGGAGUUAGAGGUCACGGGGUUAGAGGUGAAGAGGAGGGCACAGAGCAGCACCUAUGUCCGCUCCAAAAUCAAGGUGACUACAGGUGAGCUACCCAGUCAGAUUCCAAUACCUCCCCAGCCUUCCAUCCCCGAAAUCACCACCACACCUGUUUCCUUGACGACGUCCCCUACUGCCCUGGUCUCCACAGUAACGAAGUCAGGGACAGGUGCUCAGGCGUCGUUUGUAUGCAAGAUGUGUCAGAAGGUGUUCCAGUACCAGAGGAUGUUGAACCGACACCUGAAGUGUCACAGUGAUACUAAGAGACACCUGUGUAACCACUGUGGUAAAGGAUUCAACGACACCUUCGACCUGAAGAGACACGUCAGAACACACACAGGAGUGCGUCCCUACAAGUGCUCUCUGUGUGACAAGGCCUUCACCCAGCGCUGCUCUCUAGAGUCUCACAUGAAGAAGAUCCACGGUGUGACCCUGCAGUACGCCUAUAAAGAGAGACGCAACAAACUCUACGUCUGCGAGGAGUGUGGCCACACUGCCCCUUCCCAGGAUACACUGCUCAAACACUACCACGCCUUCCAUCCCAACUCCACCUUCCUGAGGGGGAAGGGGCUGAAAGGGGGUAGAGGGGCAGAGGGGGAGGAGUCGAUGCCUGGGUCGCCGCUUUCGAAUGACCAGGAUAGUGAUGAUACUACAGGGUCUGGGGUGCAGUAGAAAGAAGGGGCUGAAGGAGAGGGGAAGGAUAGGAAUACAACGGUUGUCUUUGUCGAAACUGUCGUCGGGUAAAUCUGAAACGUUAAGGGAACGUCCAUUUUAACUAUGAGACCUGUUGAGAUUAGGAUUGAGAUUAUGCCCAGUUUGAGAUUAUUCUGGGUUUCACCUGGAACUCUCCUCCCGAUGUAGAUUAUCUGUACAAAACAAAAAAAAAAAAACACAACUCUAUAUAAUCAGUAAAGGUAUUAAUAUAUUUAAAUAUGUACUUUGCUAUGAAUUUAUACAGUGUGUUUUUAAUGCUAUUAUGCAUUUGAUUGAUGAAAAUAACCUAUGUUUGUUUUGGGGUUUACACUCCUGAAAGUUCCAAAUGGUGGUUUAUAGGAAAUCUUUUGCACAACUGCUGUACACUGUAGUACUACUAUAAGAUGUGGUAUCUACUGCAAUACCAAGGUUGGCCUCAAUUCCUUUUCAAUUCCAGUCAAUUCAGAAAAUACACUAAUUCCAAUUCUCUUCAAUGCUUUUUGAGGAAAAUUUGGAAUUAGUUUUACAAUUUGAAAUGGAAUUGACCCCUAACCCUUGUCUUAUAGAACUGUAACGACUGUUGAAAGAAAGAGAUUGUGAAACAAAGUGCCGGUCAUGUUUACAUUCAUAUCCAAUAGGACUUGGAAAGGAUCCAACUUCUACAGAAGAGAUUACUACUUGCAUACUGGAAAAGCACAGUGAGAUUAUUCUAGCCUGGUCCCAGGUCUGUUUGUGUUGUAUAGCCAUCUCCCCUCCACUAUAGCCUGGUCCCAGGUCUGUUUGUGUUGAAUAGCCAUCUCCCCUCCACUAUAGCCUGGUCCCAGGUCUGUUUGUGUUGUAUAGCCAUCUCCACUCCACUAUAGCCUGGUCCCAGGUCUGUUUGUGUUGUAUAGCCAUCUCCCCUCCACUAUAGCCUGGUCC